AUGUCUCUGUCAAACAAGCUUGCCAUCACAGACGUUGACCUCAAGGACAAGCGCGUCUUGAUCCGAGUUGACUUCAACGUUCCGCUGGAUGCCGAAAAGAAUGUGACGAACAACCAGAGGAUAGUUGGAGCUCUCCCUACCAUCAAAUACGCCAUCGACCAUGGCGCCAAAACGGUCAUCCUCAUGUCGCAUCUCGGCCGUCCUGAUGGAAAGAAGAAUCCGAAAUACAGCCUGAAACCUGUGGUCCCGGAGCUCGAGAAGUUGCUUGGGAAGAGUGUCAUCUUCACCGACGACUGCGUCGGACCCGAGGUUGCGGAGACGGUCAACAAAGCCAGUGGCGGUCAGGUCAUUCUCCUCGAGAAUCUGCGUUUCCAUGCCGAAGAGGAGGGAAGCAGCAAAGAUGCAGACGGUAACAAGGUCAAAGCAGACAAGGCCGAGGUGGCCAAAUUCCGCAAGGAACUGACCGCUUUGGGAGAUGUCUACAUCAACGACGCUUUCGGAACAGCUCACCGUGCACACAGCUCCAUGGUCGGCGUUGACCUGCCGCAAAAGGCCUCCGGUUUCUUGAUGAAGAAGGAGCUGGACUACUUCGCUCAAGCACUCGAGAACCCCAAGAGACCAUUCCUCGCCAUUCUCGGUGGAGCCAAAGUAUCAGACAAGAUUCAGCUGAUUGACAACCUGCUCGACAAGGUCGAUAGCCUGAUCAUCUGUGGCGGCAUGGCUUUCACCUUCAAGAAGACACUCGAGGGGGUCAAGAUCGGCAACAGCUUGUUUGAUCAGGCAGGCAGUGAAAAAUGCGCGGAGCUCGUGGAAAAGGCCAAGAAGAACAAUGUCCAGAUUAUCCUCCCCGUCGACUACAUCACAGCAGAUAAAUUCGACAAGGACGCCGAGACCGGGACGGCAACCGAUGCUCAGGGUAUCCCUGAUGGGUGGAUGGGUCUGGAUUGCGGUGAAGAGAGUAUCAAGUUGUACAAGCAAGCCAUCGACGAGGCCCAGACCAUUCUGUGGAACGGACCUCCGGGUGUCUUUGAGUUUGAAAAGUUUGCCAAUGGCACCAAGAAGACCAUGGACGCCGCAGUUGCUGCAGCGCAAGGUGGGAAAAUUGUCAUCAUUGGCGGAGGAGACACAGCCACUGUCGCAGCGAAGUACAAAGUCGAAGACAAAUUGAGCCAUGUGUCCACUGGCGGUGGCGCAAGCUUGGAACUGCUCGAGGGUAAGGAUCUGCCUGGUGUGGUCGCCUUGUCCAGUAAGUAA